AUGAAUGCGCUACCAAUUGGAGGCCAGCUACGGUCUUCCGGUGAACACGUAAGUGAUCUACCUAGUAAUUCCAAUAUCAACCAUGGCCAGAAGAUCUCGUAUGCUGCUACAGUGGCUGUUCCGACAUUGAAGACAAAGCUCAAAUUCAGACCACCAGAGCUACAUAAAGGAAAACAAGCUGUUUUCUUUUCACCACAAGAGGAGGAAGAAUUGGCUAAAGCUUGCAGGUUUACUAUUGUUGGGAAAUUCUCGCAUGGAAAACCGUCCUUAGACGAUAUCAGAAGGGAUUUUGCCGCUAGAUAUCAAGGUCAUGUGGAGAAGGUAUGCUUAGCACCCAACAAAAAAGAUAACAAGAAGCUAGUUGGAGACAAUGUUUUGGCUAACAAAGCAACAACAAGUGCUAAUCCUAAAGCUGUAGCUAAUACUGAUGUGAUCUCUGCCAAGCAGAAUGUUAUACCUAAUAAUAGGGGCAAUCACAAAGUGAAAAUUGAACAAGCUAAGGAAGUUGUUGAAAAGUUUCUGCAAAAGAAUAAUGUUGUAGUGGUAGAGGCUAGUGCAGAUGAAGAAGUGGAAGAAGAAACAUGUGAACAUCAAGACAAUGAGGAAUCAAGGCAAGUGGUGAGCAAGUCUGAUGCUUCAGCUAAGCAGAGGAUACCAGCUAGUUCUAAUAAGAAGAAUUCUGAAAUAUUAAAGCCUAGAUCUUCUAAGACAACUGAAGUGGUUAUUCCGGAACCAGAUGUUGCUACAGAUAUGAUGAUUAAUUCAAAGGAUGACAAGGUGGGAGAUUCGAGUGAUUAUGAUUCUGAUUAUGGAGAAGAACAAGAGAGUAAAAGUGAAGAUGUUCCAGAGGUCGAAUAUGAAGAAUGUGAAGUGAUAGAGGAUGCUGUUUCACAACAGAGGAAGGAGCUCGUCGAUACAAGAAACUUAUCUCCAAGGAAUAUUUGCAAAAGUCUUCAUAAAACUCAAAUUAUAGCUAUACAAGAACCCUUUGUUAAAGCAAAUCAAAUAGACAAAUAUAGAAGAGGUUUGGGUUUCGAAGGUUGUUAUGCAAAUUGUAAUGGAAAAAUCUGGGUCUUAUGGUCAGCUGAAUUUGAUGCAGCAGUGGCAGAGAAUAAUGAGCAACAAAUUACAUUCAAGAUUACCAGGAAGAAUGACGGUGAAGUUGUCUGGUUCACAACAGUAUAUGCUAAAUCUAAACAAUAUCUAAGAGUUCCUUUGUGGGAUAAUUUGAUACACUGCAACAACUAUAUUGAUGAUCCCUGGUGCAUAUAUGGGGAUUUCAAUGCAAUUAUGGGUCCAAAAGAAAAGAAAGGAGGCAAUCCUCACAGAAUGGAGAAGAGUUGGGAAUUUAUAUCGUGUAUGGAGGAUUGUGGUAUGGUGGAUGCAAGUUACAAAGGACUGAGGUUCACUUGGUGUAAUGCAAGGGGAAGACAUCAGAGAAUAUGGAAAAGGCUAGAUAGGGUGUUUAUUAAUCAUCACUGGACUGACAAAUUUUCUUUUAUAGAUAUAGAACACUUAGCAAGCACAGGGUCAGACCAUACACCUAUGCUAGUAAAGUGUUCUACUUCAGAACAACCUGUUAUCAAAUAUUUCAAAUUCUUGAACUUCUGGAUUGACCGACCAAAUUUUAAAACUAUUGUGCAAGAGGCAUGGAAUAUAGACGUUGAGGGAAACUACAUGAGAAGGCUACAACUCAAGCUGAAACAAGUUAGUUCCAAGCUUAGUCAGUGGUCUAGAGAGAAAAUUGGGAGUGUCUUUGAUCAAGUCAAAGAAUGGGAGCAUAAAAUGCAAGAUCUUGAAACAGAAUACAUUGAUAAUGAUGUUGAGGACCUUAGACCUCAAGUGCACAAAGCUCAAGCAGAACACACUAAGUGGUUAAAAUGUGAGGAAUCUAUCCUCAAGCAGAGGGCAAAUAUCAAAUGGAUUGAGGAGGGAGAUUCCAAUACUAAAUAUUUUCAUGCAAUAAUUAAUGAAAGAAGAAGAAGGACAUCUAUACAUAGAAUCCAAAGAUCUGAUGGGCAAUGGAUCAAUGGGGAGGAAGAUAUUGCUAGGGAGGCUGUGAAAUAUUUUUCAGCUAUGUUUAAAGAUGAAGGAGAACUAGAUCUACAACACUUGGAUUGUAUUGACCAGAAGGAGAUUAGGAAGGCAGUUUUUGAUCUAAAUUCGAAUAGUUCUCCAGGACCAGAUGGAUUUGGAGGGUCUUUCUACCAAAGUUGUUGGGAUAUCAUCAAGCUAGAGUUGAUAGAGUUUAUCCAGCAAUUUUUUGGUGGAGCAGAACUUAGCAGAUUCUUUACCAUCUCAUGCCUUAUUUUACUACCUAAGGUUGAGAAUCCUUCUUCAUUCAAUAAUAUGAGACCGAUUAGUCUCAGUAACUGCUCUAACAAGAUAAUUUCCAAAAUCAUGAGUUCUAGAUUGAACUCCAUAUUGCCAAAGAUAAUUUUUAACAAUCAGACUGGGUUUCUAAAAGGAAUAUCCAUUACAGAAAAUGUUUUAUUAGCUCAGGAGAUUAUCCAUGGUAUUGGCAAGAAGAAUUUUAGAGGGAACACCGUCAUUAAACUGGAUAUGGCUAAGGCCUAUGAUAGGGUCAACUGA